AUGUUGCUGUGCUUUGAGAUCACAACAAGAAGAGCAAUACCCAGAAAUUACCACAACAAAGGGUAUAUUGUGCUGAAGAUCAUAACCCCAAAAAACAACAAAAAUGGUUAGAGCUCCAUGUUGUGAGAAGAUGGGGUUGAAAAAAGGUCCUUGGACCUCUGAGGAAGAUCAGAUUCUGAUCAAUUACAUUCAACUUUACGGCCAUGGCAAUUGGCGAGCACUUCCAAAACUAGCUGGUUUACUAAGGUGUGGAAAGAGUUGCCGGCUCCGAUGGACAAAUUACCUGAGGCCAGACAUCAAAAGAGGGAACUUUAGCAGAGAAGAAGAGGAUGCCAUCAUAAACUUACACGAAAUGUUAGGCAACAGAUGGUCGGCAAUCGCAGCGAGAUUACCGGGACGGACAGACAAUGAGAUAAAAAAUGUUUGGCACACCCACUUGAAAAAGAAGCUCAAGCAACACCAAGACAUCCCAGCAUCAGACAAAAGAAAUGACACCAAAAUUAGUACUGCACCCAAAUGCUAUCAGGAGGCUAAAACUGAAGUAGAAUCCAUGAACUUUCCAAGUCCUAAUCAUCCAACGUCCGAGAGUCCAGAACAUCCACCAGUCUCCCCACAAGAGUGUUCGAGUGAGAUGUCCACAGUGACAACCGGUGACAACAGUAGUAUGUACCCGAAAGUCGAAUCGCCGGGAGAUUUCCCCGAAGUGGAUGAGAAUUUCUGGGCAGAGGUGUUGUGGUCGGAUAAUUCGGGCGUGGAGAGUGAUUUUUCGGCUGUUGGCGGCGAUCAAGAAUUUCAAAUUCCAUUUUCUCCGAUAAUGACUAUGGAACCUGUCCAUCCAUAUGGUUCAAACAUGCAUCAUGAUAACAUGGAUUUUUGGUUCGAUAUUUUCACAAGGACUUCGGAAUUACCAGAUCAGUUACCAUAAUUCUGACAGAAAGUGUUUGGUUAAAGCAGUCAACCUUUUUGUUCUGUGUGGGAAAUGGAUGUCCAACUUCUUGUUGAUCCCUAGCUUGCAGCCACGUGGGUCAAGAUUGUCGGAUUCAUUGAGAGAAUUAGAAACAAAAACAUGAUUGUCAGACAGCAACAUAUAUGAGCCGAUCGAUCGAGAUAUUAACAGAGACCCAAAAUUUGUUUCAACGGUUGUAACCACAUGUUGACCAUUGCUUUCUGCUUGUAUCAUACAAAGCACUAUUAAGUAUGUGGAAAUUAUAUAUUAUAGCUCUACAAGAACGUCAUGAAUACUAAAGAAGAAGAAGAAGAAGAAGAUGAUGAUGAUGAUUAGCCUCGAGAACAAUAUUAAUCAUGUAGACUAUGGUUA